GGCGGCGGGGCCGCCUCCCCCCCCCGGCUCCCCCUCACCCGGCGACGGCGCCGGCGCCUCACCCCAACAUCAGGGCCUUGCCGCCCCAGCCGCCCCAACAAAUCCCCCGAGGUCCUGUUCAGCAGCCCCUCGAGGAUCGGAUCUUCACUCCCACCGUCUCCGCUGUGUACAGCACUUUUAUCUCCACACAGGUAACACAAGUAGCAAGACAACCAGGUCCUCCUGCCCCAUCCCCUUAUACUGCACAUGAAAUAAAUAAGGGACACCCAAAUCUUGCUGCAACGCCACCGGGACAUGCAUCGUCCCCUGGGCUUUCACAGGCUCCUUACCCCUCAGGACAGAAUGCAGCUCCAACCACGUUGGUGUACCCUCAAGCCCCUCAAACAAUGAACACCCAGCCUCAGACCCGCUCUCCGCCCAGCAGAACAGUGCCAAUACAUUGCACAGACAACUGGAAGAGGAGGAAGGUUUUGGAACAGAGUCCGGUUUACAGGUCCCUGGCUGGAAGAGGCUGGAUAAAAUACUGCAUUUUUGCAGCGGGGCCUCGACCUGCCCAUCACCAGUUUUUUCAGAGGCCUCAGAUACAGCCUCCAAGAGCCACCAUCCAGAACAGCAACCCUUCCAUCCGUCCUGGUGCCCAAACGCCGACCGCCGUGUAUCAAACCAACCAACACAUCAUGAUGGUGAAUCAUCUGCCAAUGCCCUACCCCAUGCCUCAGGGCCCCCAGUACUGUAUACCACAGUAUCGGCACAGUGGCCCUCCAUAUGUUGGGCCUCCCCAGCAGUAUCCUGUUCAGCCUCCAGGACCAGGACCUUUUUAUCCAGGACCAGGUCCUGGAGAAUUCCCUAAUGCCUAUGGAACACCUUUCUACCCAAGUCAGCCAGUGUAUCAGUCAGCACCCAUCAUUGUGCCUACACAGCAGCAGCAGCCUCCACCAGCUAAAAGAGAGAAAAAAACGAUCCGAAUCCGAGAUCCAAACCAGGGAGGCAAAGAUAUAACAGAAGAAAUAAUGUCUGGAGGGGGCAGCAGGAACCCAACACCUCCCAUUGUGAGACCCACUUCCACACCUACUCCACCUCAGCAGCUGCCCAGCCAGGUCCCUGAGCACAGCCCUGUGGUUUAUGGGACUGUGGAGAACACCCAUCUCGCUGCCAGCACCACCCUCACUGCGACUAGCAACCCCAAGCAAGAAGAGAAGCCAAAACCAGAUCCAGUAUUAAAACCUUCCUCUCCAGUCCUCAGACCAGAACCUGCUGGGGAGAAAAAAGAUCAAGCUGGCCAAACAACCGAGGCCACCUCAGUGGAAACGCCACCAGAAGUUCCUCUUGCUCCAUCCCCAACCCCGCUGGCUCCAGUCGCAGUUGUUCCUGCUGCUGCUGUCUUGGCCCUUCCUAGUAAAUCCACAUUCACAGCUGACUCAGAGGAGAAAUGUGAACUAGCUUCCCCAAAAGAGGAGGCAAUGCCUAUAUCUAAUCCCACACCCUGCACGGACACGUCAGAGCCUUCGCCAGCGGAAGAGGCUGACGCCGAGGCGUGCCAGGAGCCUAGUAGUGUAGCAUCUAGUGAUAUUCCAGUGACUGCUAGUACUAAUCUAAUUAAUGAAUUGAAUGGAGUUAGUGAAAAAGGAACUGCUGCAGAGAGCGUAGCAGAUGUAGCCCAGGCAGAAGUUGCUCCAUUGACUGUUGAGUUGGAGACACCAGAAGCACCUCCAGCAGAAGUGGAAAGCGUGUCAUGUUCCAGUGCUGCUCUUCACACUGCUCCCUCUCCUCCUCCCACCCCACCUCCCAGCCCUCCACCACCUUCUCCUCCAAUUCCUCUUGCUGCUGCUGCUGUUACCACUACAACUCCUUCUCCACCUCCUCCUCCAUCUCCUAGUGCCCUCCCUGUUGUUCAGGGAGAUUUAGAAGGAGAGGAGAGCACAAGAACUACUCUUAAUGAAGAGGUAAAAGAUACUGAAAAGAAGGAAGAGCCAGAAGCAGAUGGACAACUGGAGGAGAGCACAGAGGCUCUGAGUUUAAACUUGAGCAAGAGUCCUGUCCCAGCCCAAACAGCUGUAACUGCACCAAAGAUGUGGAAGAAACCAAAAGACCAGACCCAAGCCACUGAGGAGGUGAUAGAGGCAGAACCAGAGGUAACCCCUGUGUUCCCACCCGUGCUUCAGCCUAAAGUAGAAGAGGAACUUCCAGGUGACAAAGUACUUGAAUCUGAACAAGAGAAAAUGAGCCAUGGGUUUCAACUGGAGACAGACCCCUGUGAGCUUAAGAAAACAAAAGCAGUGGAAGAGAACGGAGAGCAGGAGGCAGAACCCGUGCGGAACGGCGCCGAGAGCGUGUCCGAGGGAGAAGGGACUGAUGCAAACUCAGGCUUCACAGAGAGCUCCAGUGAAGGGCCAGUGUACCAGUAUAAACCAGAGCAGUGGAAGCCCCUGGACCCGGAUGGGAAGAAGCAGUAUGACAGGGAGUUCUUGCUGGAUUUCCAGUUCAUGCCUGUGUGUAUCCAAAAGCCAGAGGGGCUGCCUCCCAUCAGUGAUGUGGUUCUCGACAAGGUGAGAGGAGAACCCAUAAAACAGGUCAAUCAGCCAAAAUUGCCCCUGAGGACUCUGGACCCUCGGAUACUGCCUCGAGGACCAGACUUCACACCAGCCUUUGCUGAUUUUGGGAGGCAGCCCUCUGGGGGAAGAAACGUGUCUGGAAGUGCCUGCAAAGUGCAGAGCAACCCUGGAUUGCCUUCCCUGGCUCGGUGUGGUUCCCCAGCAUGCCCUCUCUUGGUCUCGCCUCACCCACCAUUGAGGAACCUGCCAAUAGGGUUGUUGAAUGUUGGACCGAGGAGAUCUCAGCCAGGCCAGAGGAGGGAGCCCAGGAAGAUCAUCACUGUGUGUGUGAAGGAGGAUGUCCACCUGAAGAAGGCAGAGAACGCCUGGAAGCCCAGCCUGAAGAGGGAAAACCAAACAGAGGACCCAGAAAAUGUCAAAACCCAGGAGCUGUUCCGCAAGGUACGAAGCAUCUUGAACAAGCUGACGCCUCAGAUGUUCAACCAGCUCAUGAAGCAAGUGACAGACCUGACAGUAGAUACAGAAGAGAGGCUGAAAGGAGUCAUUGACCUGGUCUUUGAGAAGGCUAUCGAUGAACCCAGCUUCUCAGUGGCCUAUGCCAACAUGUGCAGGUGUCUCGUGACGCUGAAGGUGCCCAUGGCAGACAAACCCGGCAGCACCGUCAAUUUCCGCAAGUUGCUCUUAAAUCGCUGCCAGAAGGAGUUUGAAAAGGACAAAGCUGAUGAUGAUGUCUUUGAAAAGAAGCAGAAAGAACUUGAAGCUGCUACUACUCCAGAGGAGAAGACGCGGCUCCACGACGAGCUGGAAGAGGCCAAGGACAAAGCCCGAAGGAGAUCCAUUGGGAAUAUCAAAUUCAUUGGAGAGCUUUUCAAACUCAAAAUGCUGACAGAGGCCAUCAUGCAUGACUGUGUGGUAAAGCUGCUGAAAAACCACGACGAGGAGUCCCUCGAGUGCCUUUGCCGCCUGCUGACGACCAUUGGCAAGGACCUGGACUUUGAGAAAGCAAAGCCUCGAAUGGAUCAGUAUUUUAAUCAGAUGGAAAAGAUUGUGAAAGAGAGGAAAACAUCUUCAAGGAUUCGGUUCAUGCUUCAGGAUGUAAUUGACCUAAGGCUGUGCAACUGGGUGUCAAGGAGAGCAGACCAGGGCCCAAAGACCAUCGAGCAAAUUCAUAAAGAAGCCAAGAUUGAAGAGCAAGAAGAACAGAGGAAGGUCCAACAACUCAUGACCAAAGAGAAGAGGAGACCAGGUGUGCAGCGGGUCGAUGAAGGCGGUUGGAACACUGUGCAGGGGGCAAAGAACAGCAGAGUGCUGGAUCCCACCAAGUUCCUUAAGAUCACCAAGCCCACAAUAGAUGAGAAGAUUCAGCUCGUGCCUAAAGCCCAGUUGGGCAGCUGGGGAAAGGGCAGCAGCGGUGGAGCAAAGGCGAGUGAGCUGGACUCCUUACGACCAAGUGCCACUAGUUUGAACAGAUUCUCUGCACUGCAGCCUCCAGUCUCAUCUGUAUCUGCCUCAUCUACAUCCUCAGAGUUAGAUUCUCGCAGGGCCUUAACCAGUCGUGGGAGCACAGGCAGGGAGAAGAAUGACAAAGCUCUCCCACCUUCCCUGUCCCGCCCCAACACCUUCCUGCGUGGCAGCAGCAGCAAAGAGCUGCUCCUGGACAAUCAGGCACAAGAGGAGCAGAGGAGGGAGAUGCUGGAGACAGUGAAGCAGUUGACAGGAGGGAUGGAGAUGGACAGAAACAGCACUGAGGUAGAGAGGAACAAAGCCAAGGAAUCAGCCAAGCCAGAAGCUCCCCCAGCUCCAGUGCAAGAAAAGCCUUCGCUGUCAGAAGAGGAAAUAGAGAGGAAAUGCAAAUCCAUCAUUGAUGAGUUCUUGCAUAUUAAUGAUUUUAAGGAGGCAAUGCAGUGUGUGGAGGAGCUGAGCACCCAGAACCUGCUGCCUGUCUUCGUGCAAGUGGGAGUGGAGUCGACGCUCGAGAGGAGUCAGAUCACCAGGGAUCACAUGGGCCAGUUAUUACACCAGUUGGUGCAGGCAGGAAAGCUGAGCAAGCAGGAUUUCUUCAAGGGCUUUUCAGAUACCUUGGAGAUGGCAGAUGAUAUGGCCAUAGAUAUCCCCCAUAUCUGGUUGUACCUAGCUGAGCUGGUGACCCCCAUGUUAAAAGAAGGAGGAAUCUCUAUGAGAGAACUUAUACAAGAAUUUAGCAAACCUUUGCUUCCUGUGGGAAGAGCUGGCGUCUUGCUUGCUGAAAUCUUGCACCUUCUAUGCAAACAAAUGAGCCAUAAGAGAGUGGGAGCCUUAUGGAGGGAGACUGGCCUCAGUUGGAAGGACUACUUGCCCGAAGGGGAGGAUGUACAUACCUUUCUCAUGGAACAAAAGUUGGACUUCACGGAGUCUGACUGUUCCAGUUCCUCAGAAGCACUUUCAGAGAAAGAACUCUCUGCAGAAGAGCUGAACAAGCAGCUAGAAAAACUCAUUGUGGAGGACAAGGCGAAUGAUGAACAGAUCUUUGACUGGGUAGAGGCUAAUCUAGAUGAGAGCCAGAUGAGUUCACCUACAUUCCUUAGAGCUUUAAUGACAGCAGUUUGUAAAGCAGCUAUUAUAGCGGAUUCUUCCAGCUUCCGAGUGGACACUGCUGUUAUCAAACAGAGAGUGCCCAUCUUACUCAAGUACCUAGACUCAGACACAGAGAAGGAACUACAAGCACUUUAUGCACUACAAGCAUCAAUAGUAAAACUUGAUCAGCCUCCAAAUCUGUUGCGGAUGUUUUUCGAUUGCCUGUACGACGAGGAGGUGAUUUCAGAGGACGCCUUCUACAAGUGGGAAAGCAGCAAAGACCCAGCAGAGCAGAACGGGAAAGGAGUAGCGCUGAAAUCCGUCACAGCCUUCUUCACGUGGCUCCGGGAGGCCGAAGAGGAGUCGGAGGAUAAUUAAAACUUAAAGAGAUACAGAGGGAGAGAGAAACAAAUAAACAGCACCCACAAAACAAAAAACCAACAACCAAGAGAAACAAUUUCAGUAUUUUUUUACCCAAGUUUCACGUCUUCGCCAAUCACAGUGCAGCAAAGCCAAUCCCCUGCAGCCCCCCAGCCCCCCUCCCCUGCCCCCCACACCAGUGCCAGGUGUAAAACAAGACACAACCAACCAAGGGUGUGCUCAAGGAGUGGAAAGACAAAACAAACAUGAACAAGGUACUUGGAAACCAAACAAGGAGAGGAAAACAAUAACGCAAAAACCCACCGACAAACCAACACCACAAACCCACCCACCAAAAAGGUUGAAACCAAAACACCCGUGUUAUUUAUAGAGAAGUAUUUUCUGGUUUAAUCUCUUCUUGUUGUGGUUUUUUCCCCCCCCCCCUUUUAUGUUUUUGAAACAAGGACUCAGCCAAAAGCCCACGAGGAGAAAGGAAACUGGUUUAGCAAAAAAAACACCUUAAAAAGGCAAAAAAAAAAGGAAAAAUGGGGAAAAAAGGAAGAAAAAAAAAGCACCAAAAGCUGGGCAACUUUUAAUUUAUUCUUUUAAGGACUGCAAAUGCCAGUGUAAUUUUGAAGAUUUGCAGUUUCUGUAAACAAAUUGUAUCAUAGAACAAACAAAAAGCAGAGAAAUAAACGUCCCUCCCCUUCAUUAAGCACCUCAAGUUUUGUUCCAGAGCAGUGAUAGGCAAAAACCAACCUCCCCCCCCCCCACACACACCUUUCCCAGGGGUUGGGGUGAGGCAGAUGAGCAAGAAAAGGGGGGAGGGGAAGGGUUUUUUUGGGAGGGUUUUGUUUGGUUUGGUGAUUCUUUUCUUUAACUUGUCAUCAGCUUUGGUUUUUUUUCUGCCUGCCUCUCAGCUUGUUAAGAAACAAAAGCUAGAGUAUAUCCCAAACCCUGUCCAUAAAGCUUUGGAACGGAAGGAAAACGCAUUGGAGAGAAACGGCUGCUGGACCAGAGCGCUCCGACAAACAAACCCCAGUGCUGCCCUUUUUUGGGGGAGGGAGGGGGAGAAAGAGAAAACAAACCUCCCACAAAAGUACUUUAGUGAGACUUUCAGAACCUUUAGAGCAACUUUAAGGCUUUGUAAAUACAUAGAACAAAUAUUUAAAAGGACAAAAAAAGCAACAAAAAAAAACCCCACCCAAACAAAAAGGCAAAAAAAACCAACCCAAGCGAGAAAGAAAUUGACUCGAUCUUAUUUCUUUUCACUUUCAAAAUAUAAAGAACAAAAUAAAGACAAACGUUGCAAGUUUAAAAAAGCAAGUAAAACGACUUCUUCUCCUUUUGACAGCUGCUGAAUGUGUGCACCAGCUCUGAGCCGUGCUGCUUUCCUGGCCCCUGCAGGCCCUCGGUUCCAAAUCGUGUACAUAUAGUGUGUGUAUGUAUGUGUGUCUACCAAAAACAACCCCCCAGGGGUGAGAGCAAUC